UUUUCCUAAAUGCUGUGGGUCUCCUUCAACGAACGACUUGUGAUUAUACCAUGAUAAUAUUGAGUGUGAAUUAUUGGAAGGAUAGGUUCCGUGUUUGUAUGAAUGUGAUUUGUUGACAGCGAAAGUCGGCAGUGCCGUUUCUCAUUGCUUAUAAACGUGUAGUAUUUUAUAUAAAUUAUUGGAGAGAGAGAGAGAGAGUGAGCUGUGUUGCAUGAAGGGUGGUGAAGGUGAGUAACAGUAAAAUAAUUGUAGGAAGUAGAGUGACGGUAAGUGUUGCAGGGAAUUGGGGAACGCUUACCGUCUUUACCGGGAAUUAAAAGGUGACUGUAUUUUCUGAAUGGUGGGGAACUCAUCUUUAAGUACCGGACUCAGAAGUCAUGGCUGGGAUCUCUAGAACACAAAAGGGAAGGGUGUGUGAUACCAAUUUAUGAGCUCCUUGUUGCUGAUGGAGUGGAAUGAGAAAUCCCCAUCACAGUGGGAGUGGGAUAACCUAUUAUUGUGCAGUGCAAGAGCAGCUGAAAAUUCUAAGUUGCAACCAACAGAAUGGGCUAUGCAAGGAGAUCAAGGGAUAAACUCUGGCUCUUUUUAUUCAUCCGGGGGUGGUGGGGGUAGUGGUGGGUCAGGCCGUGUGUUGAGACAUGCUUCUUUGUCAAAUAGCUCGAAAUCAGCGUCGGCAGAUUCUUAUUCAAUUGGUGAAAGUAAGACAUCAAAGCUCACUUUUGAGGCCUUUGGAGAUUUUCCGGAUGAUUACAUCAGUAAGAAAGAAUUGGCCAGGGUGGAUACAAACGGAGUUUCUCCAAUACUUGAGCCUUCAUCUGGCUCUGGUGAGCCAUUGCUCAGUCUAAAGCUUGGUAAGCAAAUGUACUUUGAAGAUGCUUGUGUAGGUAGCAAUACAGAGACCUCAAAAUUUUCUACGAUUCCCAUGACGUCAGCCACCACAGCAAAAAAAUUCAAGUCCAGUUGUCAGAGCACACAGGUACCACACUGCCAAGUUGAAGGCUGUAAUCUUGACCUCUUGUUGGCUAAAGAUUACCAUCGCAAACAUAGAGUUUGUGAAAGUCAUUCCAAAUCCCCAAAGGUCAUUGUAGGUAGUCUGGAACGUCGGUUUUGUCAGCAGUGUAGCAGAUUCCAUGGUCUUUCCGAGUUUGAUGAAAAGAAGCGAAGCUGUCGCAGGCGUCUUUCUGAUCAUAAUGCUAGGCGACGCAAGCCACAGCCCGAAGCAGUCCGGUUAAAUCCAGCAAGGCUAUCUUCAUCACUUUAUGAUGGGAAGCAGCAGAUGAAUCUUGUCUUUGACAGAGUCCCACUUGGUUACUCAAGCGCUGCUGAUAGUUUAACGUGGGAGGACAUGUGCAGCUCCAAGUUUACCCAAACCAAAGACUAUCUUCUGAAGCCUGCGAAAGCAAGAGACACUGAUAUACAGCUGCAUUUGCCCGGCAAUGACAUGCCAUGUGCCAUCACUACGCUUCAUAAUGAUUCUAGUAGGCUCUUGCCAUCCAAGGGCACUGUAGGUUUAGAAGAACCCAUGAUCUCUGCGCAGCAGGAUGCUGAGCCAGAUUUCCGACGUGCUCUCUCUCUUCUGUCAAACAAUUCCUGGGGUUCCCGUGAGUCAAAACCAGCUCCACACCCACACGCCAUCCAUGCAACUCAUUCUGGUAUGCUGCAGCCUGCAAUGCAGGUGACCCAAGGUAUGCUGCAUGUUUCUUCGGACCACUGGCAGACCCAACAAGCGUCGACUGACUCCCGAGGACAUAUCUUAACUCAACCUAAUAACGGCAGCAUCCAUUUUCAAGACUUCCAGCUGUUCAGAUCACCAGACGAGUUCGGCUUUUAUCCCAACCAGUUGGAUUAACCACUUGAAAACCUAGCGGGCUAACGGACCUGUAAAUGCAUAUGUGCGGACAGGCUAAUGCGAUUCAUCUGGGAGUUGAUUCCCAAAGCUAAAACAACUCUCUCUCAAACGAAAAUCCAAAGUUUUGUCAGGUAUUACGAAUAUGUAUGGAAACAUAUUGCAACAUGACAUUUCCACAUCUUCUCAAAUAAAUUUGCUCAUGACUAUUAGCAUUGCAAGAAAGAGCGAAUAGUUCAUAUAUGGUAUGUCAUCUUCCGACAGCAGGGAAUGUUUACAAGAGAAUUCCAGGUAGCAAGAUUGUUAUUUAUAGAAAACCCUUAUACUGCAAGGAUUUUCCAGGUAGCAAAAAUAACAAUGCUGAUCUGAC